UGCUUGUUCGUGCUGACUCGGAUCCAGCGUGGAGCGACGAUCUGGUGUGCCACGCGAGCAAAAAUAGUAAAUAUGUAUUGAUUUUCUUUCUAUGAUGGUAAUUCUGUAGUGCCAAUUUUAAAGAUGGUAUCUCGGGAGGAGCACUUCGUUAUAAUGGUACAAGUUAAAUGCCCCCGUGUGGUCAAAAGAGCCGCGAUGACAAAACGGAGGGGAGCAAAGCCAAUCCAUCAUGCCGUACGACCGCGGAACGGAACGGGGGCCGACGCGACGGGCGCUCACGGCGGCUCCAUCGGCCGUACCCGCGGGCCCCGCGCCCCUGGCUAUAUAUUCCGUAGCCCGGCAGCUCAUCACCCGGUGCCGUCUCAUACUUGCGGCUACGGCUACUCGGGUCAGGUCGGAGUCUCGGAAGAGAAGGUUCUUGCGUGCGUGUGUAAGCCGCUGCCUGUGCGUGCCGCGUGCUCGUCUCUCGGCCGCCGGCUGCCGCGGCCAUGGGGCGCGCGCCGUGCUGCGACAAGGCGCGCGUCAAGCGGGGGCCCUGGUCGCCGGAGGAGGACGAGCAGCUGCGGAGCUACGUCCGCCGCCACGGCAUCGGCGGCAACUGGAUCGCCCUGCCGCAGAAAGCAGGGCUGAACCGGUGCGGCAAGAGCUGCCGGCUGCGGUGGCUCAACUACCUGCGGCCGGACAUCAAGCACGGCGGCUACACGGAACAGGAGGACCAGCUCAUCCUGUCGCUCUACAGCUCGAUCGGGAGCAGGUGGUCGAUCAUCGCGUCCAAGCUGCCUGGCCGGACCGACAACGACGUCAAGAACUACUGGAACACCAAGCUCAAGAAGAAGGCUGCGGCGGCGGCCGUGGUGGGCGCCACCGGCGGAGCCUUCGCCGCGCCCGCCACGCCGCCGGCGCUCUCGCCCGCCUCCUCGUCCGUGACCAGCUCGAGCGGCGACGCGCGCUUCGCCGCGUACCCGCCGCAGCCACAGGCGCAGCAGCACCAGGGGCUGAUCCGCUUCGACGCGCCGCGGAGCACCGAGCUCGCGCCCGUGCCGCCCGUCGCGCAGCUGGGCGGCGCCGCCUGGGCGUCGUCGUCCGCGGCAGCGGGCGGCGCCGUGGCGGCGCUGGACGACGACGUGUUCCUGCCCGAUCUCGUCGGCGGAGGCGCCGUCGAGCAGCUGUUCCCGUACGGCGACUUCUACGCUGGGCUGCAGGACCGGGCCCUGGAGCUCUCGGCGUGCUACUUCCCCAACAUGGCCGAGAUGUGGGGCGCCGCUGCCUCCGACGCCAAGCCGCAGGGCCUCUGCAACACCUUGACAUAGGAGUUGGGGCUCUGCUUGUGGGGGAUUGUCGCGCGGAAAAAAAGCUUCGAUUGCUCCAUUGACUUGUGGACGAUUGGAGAGCUUGAUCCGUCGCGCGAAGGUACAUAGGAUCCGUAGCUCCCUGGCUGCUCCUCACUGCUUCUCCUGUCAUGUCUCUCUCUCUCUCUCUCUCUCUCUCUCUCUCUCUCUCUCUCUCUCUCUCUCUCUCUCUCUCUCUCUCUCUCUCUCCCUCUCUCUCUCUCCCCCCCCCCUUCGCGUGGAUACAGACCGUGGCUGGGUCGGUAUUUUGCCGUCUAUUAUACAUGUAAAUUGGUACGAUUUGAGAUGUGAAUUAUGCUUUGCUCGACGAGAGUCUA